ACAAAAAUUGUCAUAUCAAAUUUGAUAGAGAUAAGUAUAAAUUUGAAAAACUAUAUAUUUCUCGACAACGUAGAUGAAAAUGAAGAAAGAUAACUUGACAAUACUCCACCAAUUGAAAGGAGUUAUAGAAGAAAGGGAUGGCGAUAAAUAUAUCAAAGUAGGAUCUUACGCUACCUCGGCCUUGGUGGAUUUCAUCACAAUCGAAUACGAAAAUCUUUACAACGGGACGAAUCCUGAAAUGGCCGAAAGGGCAGGGAGUUAUAUCAAUGCGACUGCUCCGUACAUCAUGGCGAACAUGAGUCAUUAUGUUGAAGACUUCCUUGCUGGAGUAUUCAAGUCUCACACAAAUCUCAUUCUCGAAAGUACUCCGGUCAGCAUACUCUUUCCAAUUGACUGAAAUUGUUCAACUCUGAAUUAUUAUAUAUGAA